UUUUUUCUAACCAUUUCCAGUAUCUUUAUAACCAAACUGUUGAACACUUGUAGCAAAACUUUCUGUGCUAUUCUAUAUUUUCCCUGAUCUUGCUCUUAACACCAACUUUGAUAAAAUGUCUGCCUCAAGUUUCUCAGCUCCGCUUGCUGGAUCCAGCUAUGUUGGCUUGAAACCCGACUCCUCCAACCUAUUUCUUGUGAACGACUCAGUUUCAUGGAGCCGGAAGACUACUACAAAUGGUUCGAGAACUCACUGCAUGAAGACUUGGAAUCCAAUCAAUAACAAGAAGUUUGAGACUCUCUCCUACCUUCCACCUCUCUCAGAGGAAUCAAUUGCAAAGGAGGUUGAUUACAUGAUGAAGAAGGGUUGGAUCCCCUGCCUUGAAUUCGACACGGUGGGACACGUGCACAGAGAAAACAGCAUGAUGCCAGGGUACUAUGAUGGGAGAUACUGGACACUGUGGAAGCUCCCCAUGUUUGGUUGCAGUGACUCCUCUCAAGUCCUCAAUGAAAUCCAGGAGUGCAAAAAAGAAUACCCAAAUGCUUAUAUUCGCUGCUUGGCAUUUGACAACAUAAAACAGGCUCAGUGCAUGUCCUUUGUCAUUCAGAAACCCAUUCCCACUACCUCCUAAGUGCUCUGUUUUGUCUCAGCUUCUCUCUGGAGCUUCUGAAAACUUGCUUCCUUUGGCACUUUUCAACACUUGUUUAAUUAGUUGCUUGUCUUUUUCUUUGGUAUGAAUAAGGAGGUGGCAGAAUGUUAUAGGAUUAUAACUCGUUUGUUUUGGAAGGAUCCUAAGUGGCCCAUUGUUUUAAUUUCUUUUCGGUGGGCAAGAAUCUGGUUUUGGUUUUG